AUGCUUCAAAGCCACCUCUCUUUGAAAGAGCGAAAGCUUCAGGAUCUUGAAGCAAAACUUUUGAAGACGGACCAGGAUCUUGACAUCAAGCUGGCAGCUUCCCAAAAAGAAGUGCAGUCGGGCAAAAAGCAGAUUAAGGAACUGUUGGACGAGAAUCGACAAAUUCGACAACAAAUUUCAGACUUGUCUGCUACGUCUACGAGCUAUGAAGAUCUCAUCAGGCGCAAGGAAAGCGAGUUGGCAAUCCUGAAGACUGACCUGAAAAACUACGAAAACGAUCGCCGCUUGUUUGACGACGAGAAACGAACGUUGGCCUCUAAGCAUGACAGCCUUCAGAGCCGCCUCCGUGACGCGAAUGCAGAGCUGGACGCUAUGCGUUCGCAGAAACAACAAGUGGAGCGCGAGGCAGCGGAU